CCGGGGAUGAGCACCUGUGGCAGGAAGGCGCUGACCCUGCUCAGCAGCAUCUUCACCGUCUGCGGCCUCGGCCUCCUGGGCAUCUCUGUCAGCACUGAUUAUUGGCUCUACCUGGAGGAGGGCAUCAUCCAGCCCCAAAACCAAACGGUGGAAAUCAAGCUCUCUCUGCACUCUGGGCUCUGGAGGGUCUGCUUUCUGACAGGGGAAGAACGUGGCCGGUGCUUCACCAUCGAAUAUGUGAUGCCCAUGAACAUCCAGCUGACAUCUGAAUCCACAGUCAACGUCCUCAAAAUGAUCCGUUCUGCCACCCCCUUCCCUCUGGUCAGCCUCUUCUUCAUGUUCAUUGGCUUCAUCCUGAGCAACAUCGGCCACAUCCGGCCUCACAGGACCAUCCUUGCCUUUGUCUCAGGGAUAUUCUUCAUCCUGUCAGGUCUGUCUCUGGUGGUGGGGCUGGUCCUCUACAUAUCCAGCAUUAACGAUGAGAUGCUGAACAGGACCAAGGACUCAGAAACAUUCUUCAAUUACAAAUAUGGCUGGUCCUUUGCCUUCUCUGCCAUCUCAUUCCUUCUCACAGAGAGUGCCGGGGUGAUGUCUGUUUACCUCUUCAUGAAGCGCUACACGGCCGAGGAUCUCUACAGACCCCACCCCGGCUUCUACCGCCCCCGACUCAGCAACUGCUCCGACUUUUCGGGGCAAUUCCUGCACCCAGAUGCCUGGGCACGGGGUCGGAGCCCCUCAGAUAUCUCCAGUGAAGCCUCUCUGCAGAUGAACACCAGCUACCCAGCUCUGCUCAAGUGCCCCGACUACGACCAAAUGUCCUCCUCCCCGUGCUGA